AUGGACAGUUUUCGCCGUCUGCAAAAGGCAUACGCCUAUGACGACCCUCUGGCACAUGUCAGGGUUCCAUUGGUAGACGAAUAUCUGAUGCCAUUGGUCCACGGAAGGCUACAAAAUCAUAUUCACGAGCUGGUUUCCACCGUCAUCUUGUACCAGAUUGUUUUCGUGCUUGCCAGGCUAUAUCUGCGGUUUUUGAACCCAAGUUUGAAUAAGACGAUCUCGCCGAAGACGCGUGUCGACUUUUCGAUCCGCAUCGUAUCUAUGUUUCAGAGUAUCGUCAUUCUAUUAGCAAUUAUGCCCUUGUUCUGCAAUGAGCACCUCGCGCAGCAUCGCGUGUUUGCUGUGUCACCAUAUGCCGGAAUGGUUUCCGCUGCAGCCGCGGGGUACUUUGUAUGGGACUCGCUGAUCUCCCUCGCUUACGUUCGUCUCUUUGGAAUCGGAUAUCUCAUCCACGGAGUUGUUUCCUCGGCCAUGUUUUUAAUUGGAGCCUCUGGGUAUAUUCACUUCUACGCGCCACACUUCUUGCUGUUCGAACUGUCUACUCCUUUCCUCAAUGUGCGCUGGUUCGCUCUCAAGUUCCCCGAUAGGUUUGGACCUCGUAUUGCGCUCGUCAACAACGCUAUCCUGAUCCUGAUCUUCUUCUUUGUGCGGAUCGCUUGGGGCUGGUACUAUGCUGCACGUCUAGGUAUGGACUUUUAUUCAGUGAGAAACGACCCACGCUCGAACACUCUGUUUUCACUCACCAUCUUCUCGGGCAAUGUGGUGCUGGAUGUCCUCAAUGUCUAUUGGUUCAGCAAGAUGCUGACUGUGGCGAUAACCACACUGAAGAAGAUGUUCAAAAAGGAUGUUGACGAAACAAAGUUGAAGUUGAUUUGA